CUCCCGGAACUGGUCUCCAGUCGCCACGAUCGCCUCUCAUGGAACGGAACGGCGAGGCCCUGCAAAGCCCCACGUUCCCGCACCAAUCACCAUACCAUGAUGCGUCACCGACGCGCGAGAACUUCCAGUCACCCCUGAGGACCGGCAGUCCCGGAAUGCCCCCGCGAGGGCCACUCCCCGCCGACCCACACCGCAGCGUGUCCACGCCGCCGCAGUCGUACGGCAACAUGAGGUUGGGCAGCCCCGCACCCUCGCACCCUAGCCGGAGCUUCAGUGCCAACCAAGGCUACGGCGGUGACAGCCAGGACCACUGGAACAAUGGUGGUCACCGGUGAUGGGAGUGAUAGUGGUGGACAAGGGUAUUGUUGGACUUGCCCUUUCUUCCUUCAUGAGCCUGUUCCUCUGUUCUUCACUUCCAUUUUUCCCCUCAAGUAUCCAUCCGGCUGAGUUUGAAACUCUUCUCAGCGGUAGCCUUCUUUUUUUUUCGUUUUUCUUCUUCUUUUCUUCUUGUCUUAGACCGCGGGGCCAUGGACUUUUCAGGUCUUCCCCCUAUCUAACGAUUGGCACGGGAUUUCGAGCUUUUUUUUUGGUAUUUGCAUGGGUGGAAGGGAGCCGUGGACGAAACCAACUCCCCUUCAAGAGGCAUAUCCCACCUUGGGCAUCAUUGUUGGUACGGUUCGUGGGGUUUGAAUAUGUGGGAUCGGCGUUGUCGGUGAAUACCAUCCUAACUGUCUCUACGGAGUAUAGACGUCGUCUUUGUGCUUUCCAUUUAUUCUCAUCAAGCUUUGCAAGGACGCUUUACAAUCGUGGAAUGUACAUGUUCAGAAACGACCACCGCCUUCAUUCCGAUCUUUUCCUCUUCGAAUACCCCUGCUCUGUGCAACUCGUUUCUCGCUCGAGAUGGCUCCGUCCGGACGUGAGGCCGAGGACGAGGAAAGGGUGGGAUAUUCUCGUUUCUCGGGCAUAUGCAAUUGAACUCUAUACACGCGCUUCCGGUAUCAGCUGAGCAGCUGAACAAACAUGCCCAAGGGGACGCCCAUUCAAGUCGCAUCACUUGCGGUUUUUUUGGUUUUUUUUUUUUUUUACCCUUUGCCUCGACAAGCCAUGUUCGGGUGUUUUCUCUCCUCCCUAGUCUCAAAGCCAACUCAGCCGUGCCACUCACUCAACAUAUUGUGAGCAGUGAGGCGUCUCAGCCAAAAGGUACAUGGACACAACAUUCGAAAAUAAUUUUCUACACCGUCAGAAUUCUCUUC